UCUUAUGUCAACUGAAAAGCAAUUAUUUCCAAACGUGCCGUCAGUUUGAUAAUCUGUGGGCUUCUACGUGGAUUGGGAGAGUGAUUCAGAGUGAAUUUUCGUAAAAAAACGAUGAUCUUAGAGAAGGACAGACAAACGUUUUCAAAAUCUAUUGGUAUCAUUAUUGCUAUUCAAGGACUAGCAUGGUUUGGCAUAUCGGUCACAGGGAUUGUGGUGAAACAAACCACCCCCUCUAUUGCGAAAAAGGAUUUAUCGGAUAUCCAGAGUUACACUCAAUACAUUGCCAGGAUUAUAUAUGACAACUUCUUAGUGAGCAAUGCCAGAGAUAAAGUGAUCAGACCUCAGGACUUCGAAGCUUUCCUAUGGAUUUACACGGUGCUGAGUGGCAUUUGGGUUGCGGCCGCUUUAGAUCUAAAUCUUGCUAUCAGGUUUAAAAAAUCGAGGCAGUCUUACAGCGCCCUGGUUCUAGGAGUGGUUGUCCUCCUAACCUCAGUAAUCGACUUGGUGUUGUUCAGUUUACUGGCCAGAGAUUAUUCGACUUGCCCUUUUAGUCUUAGCAGCACCUCCGAAGUUACCACUACUGAUGCCUCUACAACCAUUCAGAAUACUGAAAUUGUUGCUGAAGCUUUGAUGCCAAUGGCCCUCACCAUCACUACUGGAACAACGAUAGACUGUAAGGUGGCUACUGGUAUAGUGAUGUCCAUAGCUGCCAGAGGCUACGUGCUGUGGCUGAUCAAUGUUGUGACAGCGAUUUGCUUGAUUUCCAUUGGGACAAAGGUCUUUCGAAGUCCAGGACUAUUAGGCUAUGAGAAAAACACCAUUCCGAGAGUGAAGUUCCCGGAACAAAAGAAAGGGACUUCGGCAAACAACGAUUUCUUGUACUACGGGGACAAUGAUGCCUUUCAACCACAACAUGUGACCCCCAGUAGUCGGCCCAGAAGUAACAACAGCAGUACCCCGGUGGUUCUAAGCAGUAGAAAUCAAAAUAAUUACUUCUAAAAUGUAAAACAUCAGAUUUGAUCGCACUGUGUAAUGUCGUACUUAAGAAGAAUCUCGAAAGAGAAAAUUAUGCUUUUUAUCUUAGUCGAAAUAAACGUUUGUUAUUUUUCAUAA